AUGGAAACAAGGAGUCGGACAACGAAAUUGAUUGUGAAAAAUGUGGAGAUGCUGGAGUCUUCAAAAUUUGACAAGUUUGAUAAAGUGUCUCAAUGGCUCGAUAAACUUGAUACAUUUGAAUAUCACCAGCACCAAAAAAAUCCACAAAUUGGUGGUACUGCUAAUCAACAGAACACCUCUUCACCUCGUUAUAUUUUGACGAAUCGAAAAAACAAACGAAAAUCAUCGACUCAAUGUCGAUCCAAAAUUAAGAAGUUUAGAGAGAACGAUGUGCAAUUUGAAUACGAUUUGGAUGAGUUAGAAAGUCCCGGCCAUAAACUAAAAAGAUUGAAAAUCGAUUCCAACACAAAUAUUAAAUAUUGUUCGGUACCAGUUCAGAAAAUGAAUGCAAAUGAAUUAAAUUUCAAUGGAACUUAA